UACGAGCAGACCAGCCAAAAAGCCCAACAACAUGGCCCGCGAUGGAGAAGUCGGAUAAAUUAACUAUUGACAACCCUCGGCGCCGCAACCGCCGCAUCAACUCCUGCCUCGCAUGUCGCCAGCGCAAGCUGAAAUGCAACCGCCAACAGCCCUGUUCUAACUGCGGGCGAGCCGGCCGGGAAUGCGUUUUCUUGCGACUGGACUCGCACCAUAGCGCCCAUAAAAACCUCACGGCAGUCAAGGAACAAACGGCACUGCUGGAGAAGAGUCUCGAGAGAAAUACGGCGGUCGCCAAAUCUACCAAAUCGGGGUCAAGAUCGCCGGAGGAUGAGGACGAGGGUGGGGAUGAGGAUGAUCUGCUCGUCACCUCACUGGAAUUAGCUUUGCUGGGGAUCCAGGACGCAGCAUACACCCAUGAGGAAGAUGAUGACUCGGAUGACGAUCUGUAUGACUUGGGGUUCCGGUUUGGGAAAAUGCGCGUGAACGAGCGCGUGGGAGGGUUUUUUCACCCGCAGAUGGCAGACGAGGUAGGCAUGCCGUCUACACCACCGGGCUACUUUCGGGGGGAGUUCUUCUGACGUACUUGAAUUUGUUUUCCUCAGCUGUCCGCGUUUCUGGACGAAACGGGAGGCCCAAGUGCACCACGCACUCACCACGGGUACAAUCUCAGUGCGGCCGAGAAGGAUCUCUAUUUUGGCCCUGGCCCCUCGUUCAUUCCGCCUCAGUCAGGCCUCUUCUUCAGUCAAUCCUGUCCGACUUCGUUAAUGAUUGACUGGUCCUCGCGGCGACCUAUGGCGGAUGCCCUUCUAAAGCAGUAUUGGGAGGCGGUGCAUCCCAUCGUUCGCAUUGUCCACCAACCUAGUAUUGAACGGCGCUACAGGACAUUCUGGGAAGCAAUUAACACGGGAGGAAGACCGCCUGCGUCAUUGCGAGCACUGAUUUGCUCCAUGUUCUUCGUCGCGGUGGUGAGCAUGUCGACAUCCCGGGUCUUGCACCAGUUUGGCAUUCCACAGCAGAUCCUGCAGAACCAAUUGCAGUUCGAAACGGAAAACGCCCUCAAGAAUGCGCGAUUACUGUCGACGACCAGACUGGAGACGCUCCAGGCCUUUGUGCUAUAUCUGAUUCCCAUGUGCCGCAGCGAGAUUUCCCGGGCGCACUCGGCCCUUGUGGGAAUGGCGGUGCGCUUGGCGGAGUCUCUGGGGCUACACCGAGAUCCAAGGGAGUCGCAGUACUCGGCAGUUGAAAGCCAUGUCCGCCGGUUGGCAUGGUACCAGGUUUGUUUCCUGGACCUUCGAACAGCCGAAGUGCAAGGUCCACGGGUAGCUAUUCGGCCAGAAGACUUUUCGGUGGAGCUACCCGUCAAUCUGGAUGAUGAGCAGAUCGCAGCCGGGGUGGACAGUGAUCCGCUGGUGUGGACAGAUAUGACCUAUACACGCAUUCGGUUCGAGUGUCAGGAAAUGCAGCGCAAGUGUCUUCUAGCGCGGCUUCAGUUGGAGCAGAAAAAGCUACCCUUGUCCCAGGCCCUACGGCAGAUCGAAACCUUCCGUCAACACAUGGAGUCCCAGUACAACCCGAUCUUCGGCCAGACAGAACGAACGCCGUUGAAAAUAGCCGCCAAGAACCUGAUGAGUCUCUUGAUAAACCGCUUCUACACGGCCGUUCUGCACCAGUUCUACCGGGGCCUGAUCGUACAGCCCCCUCCCCGGCUGCGGCAGCUCGUGGUGAGUACGGGCAUACAACAGUUGGAGAGCUCCAUAGCGUUGGAAACCAUGCCGCAGCUGCAGCUGUGGGCCUGGUACAGCCAAGCCUACCACCAGUAUCACGUCUCGAUGCUGCUAUUAUUAGAGGUGUAUCUGCGGCCCACCGGUCCGGGGGCAGAUCGAAUCUGGCCUUGCCUCGAUUACAUUUACGAAACUACAACUGUGGCGGACUUAGAGGAGGACCGCAAUCUGACCAUCCAGAAUCGCAAAUCUCGGAUUAUUCUGACAGCGCUGCGGGAUCGCAUUGAUGUGUAUCGGCGUAUGAGGCGCGCUCGCAUGCCGGUCCAGAGCAGUAGGGUCACGAGGCAGUCGUUUCCCUCUUUCGGAGCCAAACGGCCAGAAUCCACAAGUCUGGAGAACAACUUUCCCAAGAACGAACCAGCGUCCAAUGCUGUUUAUUCCCUGUUCAAUGAGGGUAUGGGGCAGACAGACCUCACCGGGUAUGCUGCAUCAGGGCCUGACCCAUGGCUGCUUCCGCUGCAGCACCCCGCAUCCUUCACAGAUACAGAAUCUUUGAUCAAUAUCGAUCUGCCCGAGAAUAGUUUGACAUCGUCCUUUGUGGAUUUUGACUGGUCAGAGUGGGAUGCACUUCAUCGUAAUGCCAUGGAUGGUGCAUUCUGAAAGUCGCAACUCUGGAAAUUAUAUAUUUGAGAUCUCGUGGCCAAGGGAUACUCGUGCUUUGGUGGGUAAUUCGUAGAAUAAGAUCCUCAACACCACAUACCUUUUCAUAUCGAGUAUACUAUAUCAAUGCGUGUGAUAUGCGAAGGUGGCGUUAACACAUAAUCUAAUAGCCUAACGGUAAUCUCUUAAAACUGUACUCACAAGGGCUUAACCAGAAAAAAAAAAGAAAAUCGUAGCAGGCGAGAGAAGCUCCUAUGGUUGGCCUUCUCUGGACCCCUGCUCAACCGCAGAUAAAAGCCCUCCCUUGACCGUGCAAUCUAGGGUUGGAGAUAUUGCUACUCGCUACUCUGUUCAAUUCUCCUGUUUGAACUUCGCUCUCAGCUACGGGGCAACGUCGGCUAUACUACGGCAGGGCUUGACUAUCUGGCUCCUGCACGCAAAUUGUACCUUAAUUGCCCGUCCCGGUCCCGCUCCCUUACGGCCGUAACUGUGGACCUGGGGACCCUGGUUGCCUAGCCCACACUCUUACGGCCGUACGAGCUUGGAAGCCUGAAUCACUGAUCGCUAAUUAGUCUCUGUUCGGCUUCUGUCCGUGCUUUUCAAUGCAGUCGAAGUCUUGCUAUGGCGACCCUUUAUCUGGCGAAUUCUUCUAGAUAACCAACAGAAUUAUGUGUGGGUUUAUUGUAUGCCA